AUGCGAGCUCAUUUUGCUCUUGCUAUCCUCGUUAACUUGGUUUUCACUGCCUACAGUUCACACGUCAAAGAACUUACUCUGUACAAUUUUGACAAAUUCGUUGACGGUGAACGUUUCGUCUUCGUUUUUUUCUACGCGAGUUGGGAACAGCGAUGCGUAGAAAUUCUUGAAGGUUACGAAGAAGUUGGCGACACAUAUGCAGACCGCGAUGAUGUGCUCAUUGCUAAGGUAAAUGCGUACGAAGAAGUCAAACUGGGUACAAGAUAUUGGAUCGAUGAAUACCCUUCCUUUCGGUAUUUUAUCAAAGGAAGUAUCACAGAGGAAACGUAAGUAUACAAUUCUUGGCAUUACCUAUUAUAAAUCGAACAAAAACAAAGAAUAAUCUUAUUAUUCAACUUUUCAAACACCCAAACAUCUGUAGGAAGACAGUAGUAUAGUAUAUGGCGGUAUGAGCACAUUUACCAUAUUUUUGCUCUAUAUUUUGGGCCAUAAUUUCACACAUCAUACAUAACAGUAUGAUACCAGUUCAACUAUGUUGGUUUUGUGUAUGAUUUGUGAAAUUAUGGCCCAAAAUAUAGAGCCAAACUAUGGAAAAUGUGUUAAUACUGCCAUAUAAUAUACUACUGAAGACGGCCUUGGGGGCGGAAUUCACGGAAACUCAAAAAAAGAACUACUUUCAUUUGAGAAUUUGGUACACUUUAGGAUUUCAUGAAAUCCACUGACUCAUAUAAGUCUAAACCACCUUGCACAGUAGACAUUACCGCAGAAAAGUACCACUCAGUCAUUUUCAUUUGAAUUGACACACUAAGUUUUGAAAUACAGACUAAAAAGCUAAAACCAUCCAGUAUAGCAUAAUUUCAUUUAUUGUUUAGAAGUUGGAACUGCGAUGCUUAAAAUAACCACAUUUUCAUCAAGUAAUCAAGUUUUACUUGCAUAAGCUCCACAGUACUGCGUGCAGAGUAGCUUUCAUUUGAAUAGUCAUACACAACUAAGGGUUGUACAAUAUUCAUAGUCACCAAAAUGACAAUCAACUCGUAAAACACAAUGAACAGUAUUUUACAGUUUUAAAUGUUGUAAUAGUAAGCCGGUUAAGACUUUUGCAUAAGACUUUUGGUACAUUGUCAACAGUCGAUAUCGUCAAAGAAGCGUCAUCGGCAACGCUAUACUUAUAACAGCAUGCUUUCUCCAUUUUGCAGUUAUAAAGGCAGCAGCCAUCCCCAAGACCUGAUCCGUUUCAUCCAAACUAAAGCAUUCCAACGCCUCAAUCUUGGCAUUUUCCUGACUCCAGUCAUCGACCUUAGCUCAUCAAACUUUGAACGCAUCGUCAAAGACAGAGCACGAAGUAUCAUGGUCCUCUACUACAAUGGCAACUGCGAUCUCUGCAACAGUUUACAAGGCACUCUGUACAACGUAGGGGUAACCUUCCGGAACGAGCCAAAAUGUCUUAUCGGUCGACUGAAUUGUGACGCAGAUCCGCAGAUCUGUAUUGAACAAGACAUUCCGCACUAUCCCAGGUUCAAAGUGUACUCACAGCACAACAAGGACGGCGUGGUGUACGAGCCCGGUACGAAUCAGGAGAGCUUCAGCGAGACGAAUAUGACCAAAUUUAUGAACGCGUUAUGUGGGACGCAGAGGAUUUUGCGAGGAAGACUUAACGAAAAGGUGAGUUUGUGGCAGACAGGACCGAGUUGUUGGAAGCUUCGUCUCAACUUGAGAAACUUAACGAAAGGUACCUCAACGUGAAAAUUAUCGCGUUCAAUUAGAUGCCCUUAGUGUGAAACUUCAAUAUUGUCUCCUUAACUCUCAGAAAUUUACUUAAAGGGUUCUUAGCGUUGGCAUAAAACAGAGACAUGAAUCGUCUAUCCCCUCUUUGACAUUUUAAAUCCAGAGGAACCACGACGUAACGAGCCACUUUAUUAUAAAUCUCUUAGUAAGGAAAGGUCUUCACCCAGUCAAAAUGAAAUGUACAAACAACACACCAAAAAAUGCCUGUUAUGCAGCAGUUUUAUUUUAAUUUUUUUAUCCCCCAGUUUUGGUAAACUAUUUAAAUAUUUUUUUGUGGUUCACUUUUAUCCUUUGUUUUUGGGUGUGAUGAAGUACGAUUAACGAGCUUGAAACAAAGGGAAAUAUAAUUCAGACCAAGGUAAAACUGAACCACAACAUAUUCAUUACUUCAUCUUUAUCCGUCAAGGAUUUUUCAACGAACCGACUAAAUGACCAGCUACCCAGUGGCUAGCCUGCGAACGAAAACGUAUUUCCGGUCAGCCAAAAAUUACUUACUGUUCGGGUGGAGAGAAGCGACGACCUGAAAUAGGUGUGCGUUCGCUACCCAUUGGCCGGUUGGCUAAACUAGUCAGAGCGCAGAAAGCGCUGCAUCGAUAUCAUGGAGGUGGAGAUUUCGAAUAGAGUACAAGCCUGAAUUUUCUUAGACUUUGUUUUUGUAAUUGAAAAGGUCGCAUAUAUAACUGGGUUGAUAUUCUUUACAUUCAACGGCAGGGAAAAGUGAAUUCAUAUUUUGUAUUCCUUUUUAUCAGGCGGGUCUCUUGGACGACUUCAACGACCUAGCGGUCCAGUUUAUGACAGAACACAGAAGACGCCGAGAAAUAUUAGUGGCAGCAAAACACAAAGCUUUAGCACAAGCUGAAUUCCAGACGGAAGCCAAUUUUUAUGUUUCUGUGAUGGUUCGAAUUGCAGAGCAUGGCGCUGGAAUAGUUAAGGAGGAAAUUGAUCGAUUGGAACGCUUAAUCGCCGGUCCAUUGCACGCUAACAAGGCAGACGAACUCGAAAAGCGAAAAAAUAUCCUGAAGCAGUUCCAGGUCUUGCAUUACGAGAGAGAUGAAUUAUAA